AUGGGUGCCGAUUCCAAAGCCCAAGAAGCCUCCAAGGACAAGGAGGCGGUCACCGAACCGCCCCCCGCAUAUGAAGCGGAAUCAGGUCCCAUGGUGAAGCCGUUCCCUGCACCGCUUGAAUCGUGCAAACCGCCCAAGCCUGCGGAAUUGACUGCGGACCAGAAGUCCAAGUACGAUGCAGUUCUCAAGACCGUCUCUUCAUGGGAGACCGUGCCAACCAAGGCUGGAAAAAACGCGCCCACUGAGCCGAUCACGGACGACGAACGCAUGUGGUUGACUCGUGAAUGUCUGCUUCGAUACCUGCGCGCAACUAAGUGGAAUGUGUCCGAGGCUCAGACCCGACUUCUCGACACCCUGACUUGGCGUCGAGAGUAUAAUAUUAAGAAAUUGACACCCGAUUACAUCUCUGUCGAGAACGCCACUGGAAAGCAAAUCAUUGCUGGUUACGAUAUUCACGGCCGACCAUGCCACUAUCUUCUGCCCUCUAGGCAGAAUACUGAGAAGAGUGACCGUCAGGUUGAGCACCUGGUCUACAUGCUUGAGCGGGAUAUCGAGCUUAUGGGCCCGAACCAGGAGACUAUCGCGCUCAUCAUCAACUUCAAUGAGACCAAGUCUGGACAGAACGCCUCUAUUGCCCAGGCCAAGGAGACUUUGAACAUUCUGCAAAACCACUAUCCCGAGCGAUUGGGGCGUGCGCUCGUUAUCAACGUGCCUUGGGUUAUUUGGGGGUUCUUCAAGCUGAUCACACCAUUCAUUGACCCCUUGACACGCGAGAAGAUCAAGUUUAACGAGGAUCUCCGCAAACAUGUUCCCCCACAGCAAUUGCUGAACACUGUGGGUGGCGAUGUGGAAUUCAAGUACGACCACUCUGUCUACUGGCCUACCCUUAACGCUAUGGCUGCCGAGAGGCGCGAGGCCUAUCGGCAGCGUUGGGUCGAUGGCGGCAAAUUGGUCGGUGAGUUCGAGAACUAUCUCAAGGGCGAAAACAUCCCAAGCCUGGCCCAGACCCAGGUUGCCAAUGGCGACGGCGCGGCUUCGACGUGA